AUGUCUCUUAUAAGGGAACAAAAGCGUAAAUCCUCAGUCUCUAUUGGUCAAGCUGUCUUUUACCCCAACUCAUUACCACCACCUCUACGUCGGCCAUCAAAAGCCUUACCUCCAUAUACAUCUAGACCUACCACACCUACUUCCCCAGUCGCCAUGUACAAUCCUUCCACCAUUGCUACACCUCCCCGGCAAUCUUCCACAUCCACAACAGUCCUGGACCGUUUCAGUAAUAUAUCUGAAUAUCCUUUCCCUUCUCAAGAUUCUCUUCCGCAUCUUAGUCCCACUCGAAAACUUACUCAUCUGUUCGACGGCCUGUCUUUCGCUACUCCUCGAAGCAGUAAUCAUGAUACCUACAGCCGCUUAUUGUAUAGUGCGGGCUCCGAGCCAGAUUUAGACAUUACAACUCCUAACGCUCUUCCCCUGUCUGACCUUAUCGAUGAAGCUUAUAUUGAGGAAGAUGACAGUCACACUCAAACUCAAACUAGUCCAGCCGCCAAGCUAUACUCGUCACCGGCAUAUAUCCCAUCCCAAGAUGGAUUCAACUUUCCUCAGCCUCCUCCAGGUGCAACAUUACCCAAUCAUAGUGCAUUCAAACUUGGCUCACCACCUAAGCAAUCUUUCAGUCCUCAAUCAAGAUUGAAUGUAGGAAAACAACCAUCAUGGAGCGAAAGACAGAAUUUAGACAUUAGAGUGAAUCAAACUUCAUAUGAGCCUCCUUCACCUUUAUCAGGUCAUGGUGUAUCUCCUUUGAGUACCCCAUCUCCUAUGACAAAUGUGAAUAGCUCGCAUAGAAUGGAGUAUCUUUUCCCGAGUGAAUCACAAUUUCACGAUGUCUUCUCCUCAGGUUAUCAGUCGAACGCCCCUAGACAUGUACAAGUAAACAAUCAGCUAUUCACUCCACCAUAUACCGAGGCGACUUUACCCGCGACGACAAAUAGUUUACAACUGCAUCAUCCACAUUUGUAUCCUUCAGCACCAGUAUCUCGUUGCAGUACGCCUUCGGUCAUACCUCAGCCGAUCAUCGAAUUACCUCAGUCAGAAGUUGCCGCUCACUAUUUGAGAGGCAAAAGUCUUUGCCCUUCCUUUGCAAGAAGGUAUAUUAUCCGUGAUGAACUCGGUUCAGGUGGUUUCGGAUUCGUCUGUUCAGCACUUCAGACAGGCUACAAGAACGUUGCCGGUAUUGAAGUUGCAGUCAAGUUCAUACUCAAAGACAGAGUCCAAGAAUGCGAUUACGCUAUGCUCGAAGGUGAACCUGUUGAGAGUUUUGUUUUGAGCAGAGUACAACAUCCAAGUAUAAUUGGGUUUAGGGAAUUCUUCGAGGAUGAAGAAUUCUUCUAUCUAGUGCAAGAACUUCAUGGUGAUCCAUGGGAACCCGGACAUACGCUUGAAGCAGCGGAUCCGUUAAGCAAUCCGAUCCCGACUGCGACACCUGCGGCUCCUAUUCCAACCAUAAAUACACCACAAACACCCGGAUCAGCUUUCUUAUUUUCUCCCGUUCAUUCUGUUGAUUGGUCAAAGCUCAAUCCCAUGUCAGGCGAGAAUGGAAAAAGACCAAAUAUGGCGAGGAGGGCAUCAUACGAUCUUUUCGAAUGUGUCGAACAUCAGAGGUUCUCCGAAGAUCAAGCUAGAAUGAUCUUCAGGCAGAUAGUCGACGCUGUAGGGUACUUGCACAGACGAGGCAUCUAUCAUCGAGAUUUGAAGGACGAGAACAUCGUCAUUGAUCGGAAUCUAUGUGUCAAGAUCAUCGACUUUGGUUCUGCGGUGAUUGAAGAUCCCACUCUUCCUCCAGUACUUUAUGAUCACUUCAGAGGAACAAUGUCAUACGCUUCUGCAGAAGUUCUGAAUGGUAGACACUAUCUCGCAGGUCCAGCUGAUAUCUGGUCUCUGGGUAUCAUACUGGGUAUCAUUCUUACCGGUGAAUCACCAUUCCCAAACACAACUUGGGCGAUGGAAGGAAGAAUCAAGAUCAAAAGACAGAUACCAGGAGGUGCUUUCGAUCUAAUGCAACGAUGCCUACACACCGAUCCAAGAAAGCGAGCAAGAAUUGGUGAAGUAGAAAGACAUCCUUGGUUGAGAGGCAUGUUGGCUCAUAGGGGUAGUAUUUGUUAA